AUGUUUUUACAUGGGCAUUAUGCUGCGGGCACGUGUUCGCGACAUUCAGCCAGAAGACGGGACGGCUGUUUUCCGUGUAUUUUCUGCUUGGCCGGAGUGGAGCGGCGGGCGGCGGGGCGGGGCGCGGCGGGGGCCGACAGAUGCGCCGCGCAGCGCCAUCUCUCGGCCUCCGCGCGGCCGCCAGGUGCGCCGGCCGCGCCGGGGCCGCCACCCGCCCUCAGUUCGCCGUCACGCACCGCCGCGAUCACACGUCAUCACGGCUGCCGAACGCGGGCCGCACGCGACGCGCGCGUUUCGAACGUAGUGCACGAUACGAUACCAUACUACUCGCGACCGGUUCCCGCGGCCGAUGCGCGCGACCAG